AUGGCUAGACGCAUCCUCCUCCUCGGCCGCAAGGGCAUCGUGGUCGACGACGCCAAGUCUCAGAUCGACGACCCCGGCCUGGAGAUCCUCGGCGGUACCUGCAUCGACGACGUGCGGGCCGCGUUUGCAGACGACGCCGGCGGCGGCGGCGGCGGCGCCACCGGCAGCAUCGACCAUGUCUUCAUGGGCGCGGGGAUCGACUUGGAGCUGCGGCUGGAGAUUGUGCGCGAAAUCUUUCAGCGGAGCAGCACGACGACGGUUCAUCUCAAGGACGCCUCGUCCGGGCCAAAGGGGUUUCUCCCCUUUGUCAAGGCGGUAUUGGAAGGCUUAAAGGAGAACAACUUGUAA